AUGGCUGUCUCGACGCCGACCCGACCACAUUUUCCUCGCUUCCAUCUGCCGAUUGAUUCCCGCUCUCCCUCUCGCUCCCCUCGCCGUAAACCCCAGUUUGCCAUCAAAGAGCUUGACCCUCUACUUGGAAAUCUGUCUCCAGAUUCGACGCUGAAGGCCCUUCAGGCUACUGAACUCAUACCCGGCGGCUCUGCACAAGAUGCCUUAACUUCCAGCAUCCGGGAUGCCACGCCUGCGGAAAGAGAAACUGGCAUAAGGGCUGCUUUCGUGGCACAAAAGAUUCGAGGCUGGCGGACCGAGUUAUCGCAAUGGAGCUGGCCGGGGAGACGAGAACGUACUCUGGGACUAGGGUUCAUUGCCCCCCGGGCAGCCCGUGAGACGGACAGCGAGUAUCGAGGAUUUCUUCCUGUGGCUCUGGCGGAGCAAUACGAUGCGAGGCUUGAGGAGAUUAGGGAUGACCUCGAUAGCCUGGGAAUUGAAGAUAUCAAGGAACACGUACUCGAAGCUCAUGUCCCAUCAACCUCUUCGCCGGCAUCGCCAGACCACAGCGCUGUCCGCGCGAGCUAUGGCAGGAUGCGAGACUUCACUGCCUUGAUUACGGCUACCGUGAUCCAAGCACUGCCGGACCUUGCCAAGUUAAAUGUUCUGCUUGAUACUUGGGAGAUACGCUUGAGGGUGCUGAGAAGUCUCCCAGCAUUCCUUACGACUAUGGAGUCUACACAACGUGAGAUUGAGGAAGCCUUUAAGGAGAUCAGACAGUCAGCAUCUGCACGAGACUUCGUAGCCACAUCUUUCGAGAACUGGAAAUUGGCGUUGGGUGGUCGAGUUUCCGACAUGGGACGGUGGGUGGACCGGUUUCUUGACAUGCUUGAAGGGCAUGAGGAUUCAUUACCGCAAACCUGGAUCGACAAGCUGGAGAAGACUGAACUCGACUACGCUGCUUGGGUCGUCGAAGCUCAAAACAUGGUCCUGCAGAACGAAUUAGCUGCAAAGACGGAUAGCAAGAGCUCCGUGACUCAAGAAACCUCAAUUGAAUUGAGGACCGGAGAGCUCAGCCCAGGACGAGUUGUGCGCGAGGAGCCGACUGCGUUCCAGCCGGGAGGAUUGGAGUUGCCGUCCGACUCCAAUCUCAAGCGCACAAAGUCGCAGUCGAGUGUCGUAGCUGAGGAGGAAUCCCACCGGGAGAGCAAACCUUCCCUCAAGCUUGACAUGUCCAGUCACAGGGGCCACAAAAGAGAAAUGUCCAAAGUAUCGGUCGCAGAUUCUACAUUUUCCACCUUUUCCGACAUAUCAAACGCCGAAAUUAUGGAUGCCCGAACCACGAGCGUGCUCCCGAGUCCCAAAGUCAGUGUUGUGGACAAUCCUUUCCGUACGAGUCGAGACGAGCUCACCUGGUUCGGCGACUCUUCCACUGCCCAGCAUCAGAUGACAUCGAGGCCGCCCGUCUUGCAGAGGGCAUCGACAGCGUCGAUAGAAGUCAUUCCAAAAGAUCAACUGAGAGAAGUCAUGUUACGGCGUACUGUCAGCUGGGAUAUGCUCUCUCGAAUCCCCUCGAGUCCUGAGAGCACACCGACCAAGGCAUUGAAACAGUUGACCGGUUCUGAAUCGCCAGAGGCGAAGAAGCCAAUCGCUGAACUUGAAGCAUCAUACCCCGCUCAGUACUCUCCAGUUCGAUCAGUCGACACGAGUCCGCUGGCUACGCCCUCACUGCAGGUGGAGCCAUUGCACAUCUCGAACAGAGAUCACCACAGGAGUGCGUCGGUUCUGCCGUCUGUGCCACGAAGAUCAAGCAAGAGAAAUACCACGAACCGCUCUAGUCUAUCUUCUCGCAAACCAGUUUCUAGCCAAGUUAUGGGCCUGAAAGAGGACAAUCAAGAGAGUCCGCGUCAGAAGCUUUCCACGGCUCCGUCACAAGCUUCGUUCCCAGGACCGCCAAGACGCGGCGAAUCUUUGGACGAGAAGAUACAAGACAUACUCACGACGCUUCCAAAUAAAAUCCAGCUGACAAAGGAUGGGGAAUCAUCAAGCUCUGUGCAGCCCUCCAUAUCAUCCACGCGCUCUUCAACUCCAGCUCCUUCCCUGACAUUAUCAGCGGUGAUGGCAGACUCAUCCGGCCGUAAAAGCAACGCCACUGAUCCGGAGAUUAGUCUAUACCAUUUGACCCGCACCGGCCAAGCUCGUGACGCCCCUCCGAUGAAACUGUUUGUCCGGACUGUUGGAGACGGCCAUCGCGUCAUGGUACGCGUGGGCGGAGGAUGGGCCGAUUUGGGAGAAUAUCUGAAAGAAUAUAGCCUUCACCAUGGGACUCGGGCCACCGUUGAUGGUCGGUUGGAAGUUGCGAGUUUCCCUGGCAGCGGUCAGAAGGAUUCCGCGACCACAGCGGGUGGUAACGGAGUGUCAGGACCUUACGGUCGUCGAAAAGCGGUCUCGCCCUCAACGACCCAGACAGCUUUCGGUACAACAGCAUCGCCCGAACUGGUCAAUUCCAAGAGACGGACAUCACUGUCUAGGCCUCGGUCUCCCGAGGCCGGUCGGAAAACCCCUAAGAACGAUGGAACAUGGACGCCACCACCUGUACCACCCAUUCCGCCAUCUUAUACUACUCCAUCUCCGACACUUACGACCGCCACGCAGUUUGACAAGGAUGCCGUCGCCACCAGUGUUGUGGAACAAGACAGAAAUCCGCCCACGGUCCAUUCGCGGCAUUCCUCGGGCGCUGCUCGGUGGCCAUCGAAUAUGCGGUCUAUCUCUAUCAGCAGCUCUGGCGUGACUACGACCACAGUUGUUACACCUCCAGUUACAACCUCCAGUUACACUCCACUAGGUGCUGCGGGUCCGAAAAUGAAUGCACGACGAGCAGCUACCUUUGGCGCGACCACGACUCCCGGUAACGAGGCUUGGGUUGAGGGUAUGGUUGGCAAGGCCCGAGCUGUGAGCGGGGCCAGCCCGGCUUCAAUACGAAGCCCAACAACGACUACCACCACCACCACUACCACCUCAAUUUCUUCAUCCACGCCAACGACUCGCCGUGUUUCGUAUUUUGGAUCAAGUCCGAGUUCAAAUUCGAGUCCCUUGACCGUCUCCUCAAGUCCCAGCACUGGAUCUGUGGCGAGCGAUGCAAAGAGCCACCGGUCUAGUUUGUCUAUAAGGUCGAAGACGCGCAUGAGCUUGAGCGACAUGAGUGGAAUCAAGAGAGUUUUUCUGCGGAAGAAGUCAGACCAUGUAAGAUAG